AUGGAAGAGCAAGACUUAAACCAAGAAAUCAAUAAGGUAAUAGAUAGCUAUAACCUACCUAUAAGUAUUGAUUAUAACCACAUUGUCGCACAAAUUGAUAACCUUAUAGAAGCGUUAUUAAGACUGAAUCUAGAUAAUAAAGAGAAAAGCAGCAAUAGCAAAGUCAUUGUUGAAAGGAAAGACAAUAAUGGUGAAACCGACAAGAUGGAUACUUAUCAAUCAACCUGUGUAGAGUUUUCUGAUGAAAAGAUAGAACACAGAGAAGACCAGGAUAUAAUUAGUAAGACACCAAAAGAACAAGAUACUAAUACCAAAGAGCAAGUUAAAGAAACAAAUACUUAUCUAACAUCAACAAAGUAUUCUCAAAAGUUACUCAACCAGCCUACUAUAAAAGACCAUGAUGGAAUGUCUUCGAUGCUUGAUCAAAAGAUGUUCGUAGAUCUUGAUAACCCCUUAAAGGAGAAUAAAGAUAUUAAUAUAAUAUUAAAAUUAAAUAAGAACCAAAUAAUUAAGAAUUGUCUCAAUCCAAAGAGUUUGAUAUUCAUAUUUCUAAAGACCAUAAUAUUAGUAACUCUCAAGAGUGUCCUUGGCUGUAUCCAGCCACUUAGAACCCAAGAAUUGAUAAAUCCUUAUACUGGGCUUCAAUUUCCUGAUGUUUUCAAUAGAACGCCAGAUCUAGACAUAACCAGUAAAGAAUCAAAACAAAGAUCUCAAAUACAUAAUAAAGUCUUUGUCUGCAAUUCAAGUGAUGAGCAAGACAUAAGUAAGAAACAAAUCAAGUGUAAGCCCGAGAGUAAGAGAUUCCAUGACCAUAGUAAAGAUCUAAAAGAUCUUGAAAGGUCUAAAUCUCAGAAAAAUCACAAGAGAAGGCUCAAUGCAUUGAGAAAGUCUAGUAACAACUAUAAAAGCUAA